AUGAUCAUGAGCACAUUGAGCUGCAUGUGCGCAACAAAACACACACUGCACCUCCCCACAAUGUACUCUCCUCGUCCUUGCAUUCCCAUCCCCAUCCCCAUCCCCAUCCCCAUCCCCAUCCCCAUCCCCAUCCCCAUCCCCAUCCCCAUCCCCAUCCCCAUCCCCAUCCCCAUCCCCAUCCCCAUCCCCAUCCCCAUCCCCAUCCCCAUCCCCAUCCCCAUCCCCAUCCCCAUCCCCAUCCCCAUCCCCAUCACCACUCUCACCCCCAUCUAUCACCACACACACCUGCAUCCACGUCACCAUGGUGAAGAAGGACUGGUAGCGUGGGUUCCCCAGCAGGUCCCUGGCGUUAACGCAGGUGCCCAGGGGGAAGGAGCGGCACGUCUGAUUGGCUGA